GCAAUAUUUAGCUGUGGCAUAUGGUAUAUUGUACCGUAUCAGAUAUUUAUCUAUAUUUAUGCUUGCAACGAGAGUCUUCAUCUUGCACCCCAGAAGUACGUUACGUAGAGUGAGAGUGCUGACGAUUGUCCCCCACUACCAUGUCGAUAGAUGAUCCUUUCUUCGUUGUGAAAGAUGAAGUAGAGCACUCGGUGGACGCGGUGCAACAACUGUAUGUACGGUGGCGUGAGCUGCAACAUAGCGACUUGUGCGGUGGCGACGAGUAUGAGUGGACGGCCAACGAACUAAAAGAGAGUAUUAAAAGCAUCGAGUGGGAUCUCGAGGACUUAGAUGAAACGGUGAGCAUUGUAGAGAGCAACCCUGUGCGGUUUGAUAUAACUCCCGAGGAUAUGCAAAUGCGCAAAGGCUUCAUUGCCGAUACGUGCAAGGCUAUGAAAGCCAUCCGUGACGAUGUCAACAGCCAAGCAACCAAAGCAAAGGAGGACAAAGCCGCGCGCGGGCAACUGAUGGGCCCCUCAACGCCGCACAACAAGUACGAGAAACUGGAGCAGGAGAUGGACAGGGAGAACGACGACUUUAUCGAUGAGCAGCGCAAGCUGCAUAAGCUGGAGAUGGCGGAGCAAGAUCGCAACAUGGAGAUGGUGGGUGACACCGUGGUCAAUCUCAAGACCCUGGGCAAAGACAUCGGACGCGAACUAGACGACCACAAUGUGCUGUUAGACGAUCUUGACGAUCAAAUGGAACGUACGGAGAGUCAGCUGCAACGUGUGGUGGGCAAGGUGGAGAAGAUCCUCGAGUCGGUCAGUGACAAGAAGCAGUACUACGCUAUUUUGAUCCUGUCGGUGGCUUUGAUCAUCAUGAUUAUCCUGUAUGUUGUCCUAUAGUGACAUCUGAUGCGAUAGUGGCACGCACUGGAAUCGUCCUGUUGUAAGUGCUACCAUUGUGCUCGUGGGGUAUUCUCCUGUGGGCCAUAGUGCUAUCUGAGAGUGUACUUCGCUGUCAAGUAGUUUGGAGAUGAGUCUGUGAAGGGCCGGGGUCAUAUCAAGUUGGUGCAUUGGGCCAGGCAAGUCCUCGUUUGGAAGACGAAUGGACAAUUAAUGUCCUGCCGCACAUAUCGCAGAGGUGCGUGUUUUCUGGACUUGAGUGUCUGGGGUAUUGCGCUAGUUCAUGUGACUUACUCCACCGCAGCGUCGGCUACUUCGUCUGGUGUGACCCGAUCCCGAAGUGAGGCCCUUGGGUGAGUGAUGCUUGGCUUAGGGGGAUGUUCUAUUUAUAGAAUUCGGCGCCGAGCUUAUCUGAUCACUCGUAUCACUGACCAUUGGUUGCGGAGUGGUGUACUGUAAGGCACUUACAGACACGGACACGCACGCAUGCUCCACCAGUGUAAAGUAUUUAGUCGUUAAAAUAUGGCCGAGCACACGUCAAGAGCGUCGCCGUACACUUUUAACCAACGCACCGGAGAAUCAAGAACAGUCGUCUAUCAGAUAGCAGCUCUAGACACGUAAGCAUGGUUACGUAUUUUCUGGGCGAAACAACCCACAGAUACAUACGAGACAUACAAGACAGCAGAGGUUGUAACGUAUGCUGUGUUGGGCAAGAGUGCGCCAGUCCAGCAGAGCAGCACAUUACAUUCCCCAUCGACUGCGGUGGUUAGUUAAGUCCUACUCACAGUUGCCUGUGGUAAUCGCGUCACGUUCACUACGUUACUAUGGUAAUAACAGCAUGGCACGUUAGCAUGCUCCGCGGCACGUCGCCUUUACUUCAGUGAACAGACGACACGUCCAGUUUCCGUAACAAUAUGCGCCUGUGAAAUGCCAACUCGCCCGCCCAACUACCGAGGGAUGAGUCCGGAGGGUAUGGUUUAUUGGUCGAAUAUAGGGCACACAGUCGCCGGCAAAUUGUACUUUCUGCCUUGCUCCGAUGCACGUUUGUUUAUGUAGUACAACCCGAGCUCGUCAACUGCUUGCUGCGCAGUGGCCGUGUCCAGAUUUUCUAAACAUGGGCCAUGUUGGAACAGGCGCCGCCACCACUAUAAGGGUACGUAUGGUUCAGGGAUCGCAAUUGAUAACUCGACAUAUGUUCAUACCUACCAAGGUAGCACUGAGCUUUGGGCAGAGGCACAUCCGCUGAUCUCAGAUGUGUCGAUAGUCCGAUGACAGACGUAUGUACUGAGUGUGAAUUCUUCUGAGGUCGUUUCAAGUAGCCGAUCGGAAGGCACGCAUGAGCCUUUUUGCGUCCCGAGCGAAGCAGAAAUGGGCUCAGUGUAUGCUGAACGCUCCUGGACAACGCCAAUAAACUAAACUAACGUAUUGUCCGCUUCCACGCAGUAGUAUUUUUUUAUUGUAGUGCCCAUGCACAUAUGUGGGAGCGUGCUAGUAUAGGGGUGUGAUAUUCAGAAUGUUAGGCAUGAUGCAGUUGCUAGAAACACUUAUAGCCGUUCGGAAAGGGUUU